GUGCUGGGCCACUCUGGGAAUUCAGAUUAACCCGGGAGUGAGUUAGCCAUCCUUAGCCUCCUGACUUCACUGUGAUUUAGGCACCACCCCCUGGAUCACAUACUAGUUGUCCAAAGAGCUGUGCCUCUCAGGGUUUAGGGCAGAUCUCCUGGGGCCACCAUAGAUCAGAAUGAACUCCUUGAACCUGCCCAGGCUGAACCCUGGACGGAGAAUGAAGGGAUGUCAAUGUUGGCUACAACAGUUGGUCUUUAUCUUGUUCCAUUUUGUAAGGUGGCGGUAUUACUGAUUGUCAUGAUGUCCGUCUUUGGUGUUUCAAUGGGCAUUCUGGAUACAGGUGGUAACGUCCUCAUCUUGGCUCUUUGGGGGGACGAAGGAGCCCCACAUUUGCAGGCCUUACACUUCUGUUUUGCCUUGGGUGCCUUUUUGGCUCCCCUGCUGGCUAAAUUGGCAUGGGGCACGACAGCGUCUUCUGAAAACCACACAGAGGCUGACUUGAACCAUUCUGCUCUCAGCUGGUCAUCUGAAGCUGACUCAGAAUCCCUACUCGGAGUACCUGACAAUAUGAAUUUACUGUGGGCUUAUGCUUUUAUUGGUACUUAUAUUUUUGUAGUUUUUAUCUUAUUUUUUGCUCUAUUUUUAAAGAAAAGCUCAAGGCAGGAAAAAGCAAAAGCAUGUGCUCAGAGGUCUCGAAGAGCUAAAUAUCACAACAUCCUGCUUUGUCUCCUUUUUCUGUUCUUCUUUUUUUAUGUUGGAGCCGAAGUAACAUAUGGCUCGUACGUUUUCUCAUUUGCAACCACUCAUGCUGGCAUGAAAGAAAGUGAAGCGGCCGGGCUGAACUCCAUCUUCUGGGGGAGCUUUGCAUCCUGCAGGGGCCUGGCAAUCUUUUUUGCUGCAUGUUUACAACCUGGAACCAUGAUCGUGUUGAGCAACAUUGGCACCCUGGCGUCAUCUUUAUUUCUGGUGCUUUUCAACAAGAACCCAGUUUGCCUCUGGAUUGCAACUUCAGUGUAUGGAGCCUCGAUGGCGACCACGUUUCCCAGUGGUGUUUCUUGGAUCGAGCAGUACACGACUAUCCAUGGAAAAGCUGCAGCAUUUUUUGUAAUCGGUGGUUCCUUGGGAGAAAUGGCCAUUCCUGCAGUAAUUGGAAUUCUUCAAGGACAAUACCCUGAUUUGCCUGUAGUUUUGUACACCUCUUUGGGGUCAGCAAUAACUACUGCUAUUUUAUUUCCUGUGAUGUAUGAAUUAGCCACCUCACCUCUUCGUCAUCAGCAAAAAGAACACAGGAAGAGUGAGGACCACAAAGCUUUGCUCUCGAGCUCUGGGCUACAUGACUGUGAGGAAGAGGGUGUAGAGGAAGAUGCAGAAAAAUGGAAUGAAAUGGAUUUUGAAGUGGUUGAAAUGAAUGAUACAAUGAGGAAUUCUGUACUAGAGACAUCUAGAAAUAUCUUGAUGGAGCCCACAGCUGAAGUCUCCAACCAAUACCACUCAAAUGCUUUCGUGUUUGAGUCUUCUUCAGUUAAUACUGGCAAGUCCGCUGUGAAUCACCUUGCAAGACAUCAGGACAAAAGAGACUAACACUUAGAGAAGAUGGAUUAUUUACUGACUUGCUUGAAUAAUUGCCAGUUCUAAAGAGGCCAGUCAGAGCAGAGCCUUAGCAGAUUUCCAGCAUGUUCUGGGUAUCAAAAUUUCUAGAUCAGAGUAUAGCAAAUGCUAAAAACGUUUUGAAACAUUCUCUGAUUCUCAGAAUCUUCCAUAAAGAACCAAUGGUCUCAUACAGUAGAAUCUUGUUGUAAGGCUAGUGUUUGGCAUGUGGCUGAUUUGGUAGUAUUUUACGGUCAUCACCCUUCAGAGCAUGCAAAGAAGGCAUUUGUUUUUGAGAAGUUGGGUGCUGUUCUAGUAAAACAAAACCAUCCAGUAAUUGAAUCAAUUAGUUGAACAAAUUAUCAGUCGUCAGUAGUCUACCAGGGAAGUCGAGGGGAGGAGUUUGAUGAAAGAACCUCUUUGAAAAUGGACAGAUUUUCAUUAAUUGCUUUACCCUGUCUGUAGCGUUGGACCAAAGAAUGCUAAUGACUCAUUUGAUUCCUGAUUUCUAUGAAGACAGCAUAGAACAGGGCUCCCAUAGACUUGGCUUUAAGCCUUGACUGCUGCUUUCCAGGCUUCUGGACCUGCACUCAGCCACUUAACUUACAUUGGCUUUGUUGCUCUCAUCUCCUGAUCUGGGAUUCUGUAAGUGAAAAGAAGAUGAUUUUCAAACUAGGGAUCCAUAAGUUUUAAAGUUUAUGCAGGAUGUCUGCUAGAAAUUAAUAUAAAUGCCACCCCAUUCUUCAUUUCAAAUGAGAAGGGAAACAAAAUGAUAGCUUUAAGAAUGUGCUACUGAUUAUGAAUUCAUGUCAAUUUAAGACACUCUGUUUAAUAUUUUAUUUGAAUAAUUAUUUGAAGAAUACAUUCUUUAGUACUGUAUUUCAUUGAUUCUAAGAUGCACCUUUUUUCACAUUUUUAACAUCUCUGAAAUCAGAAUAUGUCUUAAAAUCAAUGAUUAUUUAACAUUGUGACAAGAUUUAAUUGACAGUUUUUUUCCAUAUAUAUAGCGAGAGUAACGUUGCGUUUUACAAUCAAUGUCUUAGAUUCAGUGAAAUACAGUAAUUCAUUCAAUUAUGGAGAUUAUA